AUGAGUGCGGUGGGAAGCAUGGUCCAUGAGAUUGGUCAUGCCAUCGGCAUGAACCACGAGCAAAAGCGUGCAGAUGCCCAACAAGUGUACAACGGACAUGGGCCACACCUGAUCAUGCAUUGGGAUAAUAUCGAUGCCAAUUGGAAGUCGCAGUACCUUCCGGACACGAAGUCCUACAUCGGAUCCACCAACCAAGGCGCUGAUGAUCCUUUCUCAGGCUAUGCCCCCUACGAUUACAGCAGCAUCAUGCACUACCCUUCCGGAGAUGCGUAUGACACUGACCCUCCAGCGAACGAGAACCUCAUGGGCAACCGGAAGCACCUGACCUCCGGAGACAUCGAGCAGAUUCUGGAUGUCUACCAGUGUGUCGAGCUGCCAACCUGGACGGCACCAGCGUCCUGUGACUUUGAGGAUUUCUGCUAUUGGACCAAUCAAGGAGAGAUUGCGUGGACUGCACAGAGUGGUCCCACUCCGAGCAGCAACACGGGACCAAAUGCUGCUGCUUCCGGUGUCUGGUACACGUAUGUUGAGGCCAGCGGUAGCAACAACCCAGCGAAAACGGCCAUCUAUGAGAGCCCGGCUCUUGACGCGUCGGCAAGCUACACCCUCACCUUCGCGUAUCAUAUGCUAGGCUCUCGCAUGGGAUCUCUGAGUGUUGAGGUUGGCGAUACCCAUGGGAACUUUCUUCCCAUGUGGCAGAAGACUGGUGAUCAGGGAAACGCCUGGCACACGGCUUCCGUGAGCAUCCAUGCAGCCGUAGCCAUCCGCUUCGUUGGAGUUACCGGCUCUGGCUGGAGCAGCGACAUAGCGAUUGACGACAUUCAGAUGGUCUCAAGAAAGCUUUGCAAUGACUUCGUGUGCCAAGACCUGCGGAUGCGGAUGUCAUGGGAAAAGCAUUCCAAUGAGACGCCUAGCACCGGUACUGGCCCCAGCUAUGCUCAUGACGGAAACCAGUGGGUUGAGAUUUGGCAUGUCAAUGGCGACCUCGGUGACGUGUGGCUUGAAGCCGACAUUCCGAUCGCAGCUGGCUUUUCCUUCUUGCGUUUUGAUGCAGCUGGGCUUAAGUAG